CUUCUCCGGACUCCGAGAUCCAGGUCGACCGCAUCAACAGCAAUUAAACAUGUCUUUCCGUGGAGGCCGUGGCGGUUUCGGUGGCCGUGGAGGUCGCGGAGGUUUCCAGCAACCUCUCGGUCCCCCUGCCCAAGUUCUGGAGAUGGGAACUGUCAUGCAUUCUUGCGAAGGCGAGAUGGUUUGCGAAUCCAUCAACCCCAAGAUUCCUUACUUCAACGCCCCCAUCUACCUCGAGAACAAGACCCCUAUCGGUAAGGUCGAUGAAGUCCUGGGCCCCAUCAACCAGGUCUACUUCACCAUCAAGCCCCAGGAAGGAAUUGUCGCGACCUCCUUCAAGCCUGGUGACAAGGUCUACAUUGGUGGCGACAAGCUCCUUCCCUUGGAGAAGUGCUGCCAAGCCCAAGAGAGCUGGCGGUGGUGCCAGAGGCGGUCCCAUGCGCGAGGACGUGGUGGUCCCCGGGGUGGUGGCUUCCGUGGUGGUGGCGGUGGUGGUUUCGGCGGUGGUUUCUCGAGGGGUGGUGGCAGAGGAGGACCUCGUGGUGGAGGCUUCCGCGGACGCAUGUCUCGCAGAGUUUCUGCCAUGCCGUCAAAUACUUCCACGACUAGCGGUGUUCCACCUGCGGGUGACGGUGCUCAAGAAAAGCAAAAGAUGCUUCUAUCUUCCGAAACAGGUCACUUUAGCAUGAUCAGGGCUCUGCAUCUUGCUGAUCUGGUAACUGAACUCAAUGGAUUCUGUGGAGUGAUGUCUGUCUUCUCCUCGAUGCGUUACUGUCUUGGUGACCCUCGCGAUUUUGGCGCAAUUUGGGCUGCUUUGAUAUUCAUGCCCUUUGGGUUGUUUUUCGACUUCAUGGAUGGACGGAUUGCUAGGUGGAGGAAGAAGUCGUCACUCAUGGGACAAGAGCUUGAUUCACUGGCCGAUUUGAUUUCCUUCGGAAUGGCACCUGCCGCCGCAGCUUUUGCCCUCGGAAUGCGCACCAGCCUCGACCACCUGCUCCUCUCCUUCUUUGUUCUGUGCGGCCUGACACGAUUGGCCCGCUUCAACGUGACUGUUGCCGUUCUGCCGAAGGACAAGUCCGGAAAGUCGAAGUACUUUGAGGGCACCCCCAUCCCGACCACAUUGUCGAUCACCUUUUUCCUGGCCUACUGUGUCUCAAAAGACUGGGUAUUGGAAGAUCUACCCCUUGGCCUUGUAGCCCAGGGCACAGCGUUCGAAUUCCACCCGCUGGUACUGCUGUUUGUUCUGCACGGCUGCCUUAUGGUCAGCAAAACGCUGCAUAUCCCUAAGCCUUAAAUGCAGGGAGAACCGAACGGGCAAUCAGGCACUUGUCCGGAUCAGGAUUCCCAAAUGUGAUAGAGAUGUUUUUACGAGCAAUAUACACCACGGGAGACCGGAUAAUAGGGAAAGAAAAAAGUAUGGUACGAUGUAUCUGUGGAAGAUAACGCAGUUGUCACAGAAAUGAAAAUAAUUUGCAUAUCUUGCAUAGUGUCUUGUCCUUCAUCUUCAGCAAGUAUUGGGGUUGGUAUUGUAUACAGAAUGUUAUCUACCUCUAGCUUAUUGCAAUGACG